AUGGGGGAUUACCUUUUAGGUCUUCCUGUGUUGGUGAACUUCAGGAAGUCUGCCUUUUGUAAAGGGUCUUGCCCAACCAAGGCCCAGCAGCUGCCUGCCUUGCAGGUCCCGGGCUUCAGGUUGCCACUCCCUCCUCGGCACCAGGAUGAUGUGCCAGAAGAAGCUGUAGCAAUUUCACCAUGGGGCACCAGCGUGGCAGUGGUAACUGAGGAGAGCAGGGAUGGGGCAGCCAGCCCGGCCAAGAAAACCCAGGUGGCGCAGGAAAACAAAGUGCCGGUGGGCCUGCGCAAGAGCUGGAAGCAGCAGCUCAGCGGAGAGUUCCAGCAGCCGUACUUUAUCAGGCUCAUGGAAUUUGUUGCAGAAGAAAGAAGGCACCACACUGUGUAUCCACCCCACAAACAAGUCUUCACCUGGACUCAGAUGUGUGACAUAAGAGAUGUAAAAGUUGUCAUCCUGGGACAGGAUCCCUAUCAUGGACCCAAGCAAGCUCAUGGGCUUUGCUUUAGUGUUCAAAGACCUGUUCGACCUCCACCCAGUCUGAAAAACAUUUAUAAAGAACUGUCUACAGACAUAGAUGGUUUCGUUCAUCCUGAUCACGGAGAUUUAUCUGGGUGGGCCAAGCAAGGUGUUCUCCUACUCAACGCUGUCCUCACGGUGCGGGCACAUCAAGCCAACUCUCAUAAGAGCAGAGGCUGGGAGGAGUUUACUGAUGCAGUUGUGUCCUGGCUGAAUCAGAACUCCAGUGGCCUCGUUUUUUUGCUCUGGGGCUCAUAUGCGCAGAAGAAGGGCUGUGUCAUCGAUAGGACGCGGCACCACGUGCUGCAGACAGCUCAUCCCUCCCCAUUGUCGGCAUACAGGGGGUUUUUUGGGUGUAAACAUUUCUCUAAGACCAAUGAGCUGCUGUCUGGCAAGGAACCUAUCAACUGGAAGGAUCUGUGACCAUGCACCAAGUCGGGGCCUC